GAAUAGAAGAAGAUCGUCGCGAGAGAAGUGGAGGCGCUUGCGCCCUCGCUCGUACCGAGUUUCUACGUACGUUUUCGUCAGUCGGGCCUUCAACUCCGAACCGCGUAGAACGAGUCGAUCGACGCGCUGCGUGAGAGAUAAAACACAAGUAGAUCGACGAUAGACCGUUCGUAAUAAAUUCGGGAAAAGAAAAGAAAAGAAAAGAAAAAAAACAAAAAGAAAAAAACAAGAAAGACACGUGAAACAGGGAAAAACGAUCCAUUACUUGGUGACGUCCCGGAAAAAGUCACCGAUCGACGGUGUCAUCAUUCGCCUUCGUAUGUGUAAUUAAUCGCGAAAUUUAAUCGAGUACCGAAUUUAUACCAACGGCACUACCGAUCGAUCUCCCUGCGGAUUAACGAUCACCGACUACCAAAGAUGAUGCGGAAAAUAGCACGUCGAGAGAAACGAGGAACGAGAGAACGAGCACGUUCCGAGAGAGAGGAAGAAUAAUAAAGAGAAUAUCAUUUUUCUCGUGGAUUUUCAAAGCACGAGAAGAUACUGUUCUUUACUUGGCAUUACUAGUUCGUAACGAUAAAUCAAGGAAGAUAAAAGAAAAAGAAAAAAAAAAAAAAGAAAAAAAAAAAAAAGAAAAAAAAAGAAAGAAAGAAAAGAAAAGAAAAAGAAGAAGAAAGAAAAAACUCAGAAAAAAAAGGAACGAAGAAGUAAGAAAAAUGAGUAUAACGAUUUGGCUGACAAUGAGACAGUUCUUGAUCGAUCGUUUUACUUCUACUCUAAGCUUCCCUUAAUUUUUCUAAUAAUAACGUUUUCUUCGAGAUAUAUAUAUAUAUACACACAUAUAUAUAUAUAUAUGUGUGUGUUUUUUUUGUGUGUAUGUGCGUGUGUAUUAUAUACAUAUGUACAGAAAAAGUGAGAGAUAGAGAGAAAGGAAAAUAUAAGAUACGAUACGUUUCAAUGGCAUUUUUUUCUUCUUUUUGAAAUUCCAUAAAAGGAUGCAAAUUAAAGAUUCCUUUCAGUUUCCUCGAAUCUUCGAAUUGUGCAUUCGGAAAAAGGAUAAAGAGGAACGGGAAAGAUAAAAACUAGAUGGAGUAGGAUAUGUGAGAGAGUAGAAUAAUCCUCGAAAGUGGACCGCGAGAUAACGGUGCUUUGCCUUGAAAAAGAAGAUAUUGGAUCGCGGUAUCGAAAUAAAUCUCUCGAGGCAAAGUUCUCGAUGGAGAGUUCGAAAAGCUGAGAAAGAGACAGAACGUUAAGAAAGAAAAAUAGAAAAGGAAAGAGAGGAAGGAAGGAAGGAAGGAAGGAAGGAAGGAAGGAAGAGAGGAAAGGAAGGAAGGAAGGAAUAAAAAAGAAAGAGAAAGGAUAGCGGGCGUCGACAAAGAAGAAACGAAUCGAAAGGGAUGACUUUUUAAGGUUAAUCCUCUAAGGGUGGAUUGGAAGAAAGGAUAGAAAGAAAGGGAAGAGGAUACAGAAAGUACAUCGACGGAUCUAGCGUGACUCCAGGAAAAAAAAAGAAAAAAAGAAAAAAAAAAGAAAAAAAAGAAUAGAAAAAAGUGGUCCUGUGGGUGUUGGAAGUGAGAAAUCGAGGACGACGCUUUGGAUACGUGCGAAGACGAAUGCCACGGAGAUAAAGAGGACAUGAGAAGAAUGGCAAACGUUGAUCUCUGAAUCUUGUUACCUUUGAACUAAUAAAAAAAAAAAAAAAAAAAAAAAGAAAAAGAAAAAGAAAGGACAGAAAGGAAGAAGAAGAAGAAGAAGAACAACAACAACAACAACAAGUAGAAGAAGGAACAAGCAAGUGUUAAAAGAUUAAAGAGUACGAGUGACGAAGAAAAGGAACAUUUUUCUAUCGGGGUUUUUUUUUCGACGGAUGAUUUCGUAGUUCGUGAUCUUCUUUGUUUUUUCCUUUUGUCUUGUUUUCUCUCUUUUUUUUUUUUAUUUUUUGUUUUGUUUUUUUUUUGUUUUGUUUUUUUUUUUUCUUUUUUUUUUGGAAAACAGAAAGAAUAAAAAAGAAGAAAUAGUGCGAGGAAAGAAGGAUAAUAAAGAUUAUUUACGUAUCUCGAAAGAAGAUAGAAGAAGAAGGAGAGGAGAGAGAGAGAGAGAGAGAGAGAGAGAGAGAGGGAGAGAGAGUUGGUAAGUCGACGGUGAUGGCAUGAGGACUUUAGUAAGGACGGACUGUGGGUCCAGCGAGGAGGAGGAUGAGGAUGGUGGUGGGCGUGAUGGUUCUGGGUCAGCUCCUGACGAGGAUCUUGCUCGCGGCUCACGCUGGAGAUCGGCUUGCAGCAGCUCGAAGGAUACUCAGGGAUGUCCCGCUAAUCGACGGGCACAACGAUCUACCCUGGAAUAUACGCAAGUUCCUAAAGAAUCAACUACGAGGAUUCAGAUUUGAUGAUCUCAGUGACAUCCGUCCUUGGUCGGGCAACGCCUGGAGUCAUACAGAUCUAAGGAGAUUGAGAAAGGGAAUGGUCGCCGCUCAGUUUUGGUCGGCGUACACGCCCUGUCCAUCCCAAUAUCACGACUCCGUUCAACUUGCUUUAGAACAAAUUGACGUGAUUCGUCGAUUGGUCAACAAACAUCCCGAAAGUAUGGUCCUCGUUACUACGGCCGAAGGGAUCGAGAGAGCACACAAGGAGGGUAGAUUAGCGAGUCUUAUAGGGGUUGAAGGGGGACACGCCAUCGGCACGAGUUUGGCGGUCCUAAGGAUGCUCUACGAGCUCGGUGCCAGAUAUCUAACGUUAACUCACACGUGCCACACGCCUUGGGCAGACUGCAGCACGGCGGAUGAACCCGGUCAAGUGCCUCACGUCGGUGGUCUCUCCAACUUCGGUAAGAGCAUCGUUCUCGAGAUGAAUCGACUGGGGAUGAUGGUGGAUCUAUCACACGUUUCUGUACCCACCAUGCUGGACGCAAUGGCGAGUUCAAGAGCGCCGGUCAUUUUUAGCCAUAGCAGCGCUCACGCUCUAUGCAAUUCCUCGCGAAAUGUGCCUGAUCACGCGCUAAGACAUUUGGCGCGGACCGGUGGUAUAGUUAUGGUAUCCUUCUACCCCCCUUUUAUAAGCUGCAGCGAGACAUCGACUUUGGAGGAUGUCGUUGCGCACAUUAACCACAUUCGUAAAAUUGCCGGUGUGGAUCACAUUGGAAUCGGAGCCGGCUACGACGGCAUUAAUUUGACACCGGCAGGUCUCGAAGACGUGAGCAAAUAUCCAGAGUUAUUCGCGGAAUUGUUAGUGCGCGGAUGGUCAGAGAGAGAUAUCCAGAAACUUGCUGGACUGAAUCUCAUCCGGGUCUUCAAGGCGGUCGAACAGGUGCGUGACAGGAUGGCUGCAGCUGGAAUGGAGCCUCUCGAGGAGGAAAUUCCUUCUGAAGACGUUCUUGGCCGUAAUCAUUGCCGUUACAACGUCAGAAGACUGGCGGUACCCUAAGCUAUAAGCGGAACAUUAUCCACGGGCUACUACUUCAUCCUUUUUUUUUUUUUUGUGAGAAUGAUGAGAAAAAAGAGGAAGGAUGAUUAUAACAGGAAAAUGAUAAAAUACGAGCGGGACUCUUUUUCAUUUUUUAAAUUCAAAAUUCGUACCAAAAUUGCGUCUUUCUCAAAUCUUUGUAAGACGAUAAGUAGAUAGAGAAGAAAAACAUUAAUGAAAAUAAAACGAGAAAAAGAGAGAAAAAAAGCACAUGAAAAAUAAAAAAAAAAAAAAAAAGAAAAAGAAAAAAAAAGAAAAAGACGAAACGGAUAAACACGCGAAAAAUAUAUAGAAGAAAAAAAAAAAAAAGAAAAAAAAAGAAAACGAAAAAAAAGUUCAAUUCUGCCGAUGACUUUCGCGCAAAGUUGCACUAUAACUUGUAUUUAUGUACAAGUUGGGUGCACGAGAGUAAAGCCGAUUAUUAAAAAAAGAAAGAAUACACUAGGAAUGUUUCGACGAGAAAGAAAAAAAAAAAAAAAAAGAAAGGAAGAAAUAAAAAGGGAGUACGAUCGAGGACUCGUUUUUUUUUCUUUUUUUUUUUUUUUUUUUUUUUUUAACGAAGAAGGACGAACGAUUCAAUGCGGCGCGCGUGCUAACGUUACUUCUAACACCGUGAUACGAAGACCAAAACGCGUUUGUAUAAAUGUUUAACGAUCUAGUCGUCGAAUAUACACAAAGACACACACAUCGAUGUUUCAUUUGUACUCAGCGAUUUUUUCCUUGUCAAAGCUGGAACCAAAAGAACUAUUCUAGUCAAUAAUCAUGCAUACAUAUACAUAUAUAAAUAUAUACAUAUAUACACAUUAACUAUGAGUCGAUGAUGAUGAUGAUGAUGAUGAAUAAAAGAGAGCGAGUGGGCGACUGUUUAGACGUAUCAUUGUUCCAUUACAUAAACUGGAGCGAACAAGAUUACGCGUAAUACAGAAAAGAUUCCACAUACGAAUACACUUGUACAUAUGCGGUACCUGAAAAUUGAUUAAAAAAAAAAAAAAAAAAAAAAAAAAAAUAAUAAAAAAUAAAAAAUAAAUAAAAAAAAAAAUAAAAAAAAAUAAAAAAAAAUAAAAUAACUGGCCGAGGAUAUAUUGGGGGGAGAGGGGGUUGGGUACAAAAUGGAAAUCGUAAUCAUUGUUGCGUCAAAUCGGCCAAGUUGAUUCGAAGCGCGAACAAGUAUGAAGAUUACUUGCCUUGGAACUUUAUGAAAAGGUAUAUACAAAAAAAAAAAUAAAUAAAUAAAUAAAUAAAGACAAAAGAAAAAAAGGGAAAAAAAAGAAAGGAAAAGAUAUAACUACGGACAAGAUAAGAACAAGAAAAAUGACAAAAAAGAAGGAUGUCAGAAUGCUAUCGGCAAAAUAAUUAAUACGGGCGAGAGUGAUGCCGUUAGGUUUAUAGGGAUCCGCACAUCUUUUUUACUGCAAAACGAUCACGCUGUUUUAAUACCGUCUUUCUUCAUGAUUUAUCUCGCUCAAUCGUCCCAGAUCAAGAUGGCCGGCUUGAUAGCCUAAAUUUGUAAACGGCCAAACACGCGUACGAGGCUAGACUCCGGUGAUCCUGGGAUCCUUGCCAAACGCAUAUCACACGAACGAACGCGCACGCGUGCUUUUCCAAAUUUAUGAGCGCUCGCUACUCACUCGGAAAUGCGAGAGCGAAGAAAAGCGUUGUUACGUAUAUAUCUAUACGUAUAAUAUACACACAGACCAACGUCACUUUCUGAUAUCUUGAAAAUUAGCAUUCGUUUACGGACGAAAAAUAUCUAUACACCUAUACGUGUAUAUAAGUUGUACAUAUACUUAUCUGCAUAGGUAUGUAUAUCUAUAAAAAUAGAUUAAACGGUAUAAUUAUUGAUCAGAUCGUUGCCAUUAAUUACAAUUUUUCUAAUUUUAAUAGAUCAUUCAACAAUACUUUGUACCCAAUCAAUCAGAUUAAAUUAUUGGAAGAUCGUAAAAUUUUCAUUAAUUUUAUACAUAACAAAUUUUCAAAAUAAUAUAUAUAUAUACUUUUUUUACUUUUAAAAUAGUAAUAAAAUCAUAAUUAUUAUUAUCCUUAUAUGAUUAAAUAAAUUUUAAGAUUUGCAAGUAUAAAUAGUUCGAGUAUCAUUGAUUUAGAGCAUUUUCGGGCUUAUAUUUUGAAUAUUUAUUAAAAAUCAACGUAAAUUCAUUUAAUGCUAUGGCAAACAAAUUUGCCAUGCGUUAAAACUAUAAAGAAAGAAUGAAUAAUGCUCGAAUAUAUCGAAUCUUUAUCGAGUAAAAUUUCAAAAGUCGACGUGACCAAUGACUUCAUAGUGAGCAAUAAUUGUACUGUUUAUCGAGUCUUCUUCUUCGAGCAUUUACUAACGUUACAUUACGCGCUCGUUAAUCCUAACCGUCUGCGAGUUCAAAGACGUUUUAUUAAAGUCGAAAGAAUUAUGUUCGAAGACUGGCGAAGCUUAAUGGCGAUUUCCGCUGGUGGUGAACAAAAAGCAAAGGCGACCAACGGAGUCUGAGCCUCGUGUCUAAUAUCCUAAACUUUCAAAAGAGUUACUGGUACCGGAAAUAAAUCAACGGUGAGCAAAGCUAUGCCGUUGCAAUAUUAAA